AAUCUGGAAACCGUCUCCCGAGGUUGAAUUUGACUUUUCUCGACCGUAUCUAUAUCAUUCGGCCAGUUUUGCGGUUAGCUAACUUACUUGUUAGCGGUAGCUAGCAUCACAUAAAGCUAAGUACCCAAGUUAGCCUGCCAGCUCGCAUCUCAUAACUACAUCCAAGGCUGGCUGGCGAAAAUGAGCUGUCAGUGUCAGCCGCCCAGGUGUUAACAAAAUUGUGGACAACAUUGGGGGGCUCUCUCUGGACCUGUUGGCUGAAACAUGUCAGCACAUUCUGACUUAUCUUCAAGGGCAGACCAAGGGACUAGAUUGUGCUGAAAUCUCUGAUGUGAGUCAAUAUUUCCUUACAAUUUUUCACUCUCAGCAACCCAUCUUCACAAGUUCCUCUUUCGUAACUUGUUUUCUUGUUCUGGACAGAGGUUUCAGAGAAAUGGAGUCAGGCUUGACCAUGAAGCACUACAAAACAUUAUCAGAUUUCUGUUGUUAACAUUCAGGUCAGCUGGGAAGAGCAAACUCUCUGGGGAUGAGCUCGUGUUGCAGCUGGAAGAGAGCUGCGGCAAGUGGCCUAAAGCUUCCCUGCAGGUGGUGCACAGGCUGUGGACUGAACAAGGUGCGCAGGUCCAUGCCCAGCAGGAGGUCCAGUCCAUGCUCAGCAUUGGCCAGUUAAUAGACCUGCAGUGGAAACUUGGCAUGGCAGUAAGCUCUGACACCUGCCGGUCUCUCAACUCUCCAUAUGUCUGUCUCCUGCUGAAGAUUGCUGAGCCCUCUGGACAGAUCCAGCAGAGGUCUUUCGAAAUGACCAUCCCACAGUUCCAGAACUUUCACAAGCAGUUGAAGGAGAUGGCAGCUGUCCUGGAGACUGUAUGAUGGUCACAAGCACAGAGAAACCUGUCCAGCUGUGUGCUAAGAAGAAGAAAUAGCAAUUUACAUGGAACCAAUAGGAGAAUGGCUUUGCACAGGUGUUGGACUACAAAUGCCUUUAAUCAACCAUUGAGUCUAAAGAUGACGGGGCUCUACAGUGCCACUUUAUGUCCAUGGAGCACACAAGCUCCUAAACUAUUAAAUUUAGGAGCAGAGAAAGAAAUUUAGGAAGUUUAAAUGUGAAAGCAAUUUGAAAUGAUUUGUACACCUUGUGUUCAUACUGUUGAGGCACAACAUUGUUUUUGCACUGUCUGACAUUAAUAUGGCUUAUAGUGAUUGUGACAUGGUUGGCAUUGAAACUUACUUAAUAUAGCUGUUGCUUAUGCUAUGUCAGCCCACAACAUUUUUGUCUGGGGUAGGGUUUUGAGACUAGCCUGUUACACAACACACUGGGCCAGAUGCAGGCAGCGAUAUAGGAACAAAUUUCCUCUUAAUUUUGUUCGAAUGCACUUUUUUUUUUCUUAUUUUGUUAGUACCCCAUUGUUUUUUGUGAUUCACCAAUCUUAAUUUAGUUUUGCUCUUGGUAAGAGAAAAAAUUAUGAGUGCUCGAGAGAAUCCUUACCAAGAUAAGAGGAAGCUUUCUCAGUGUCCUGGUCCACAAAUUGGUUGUCCAGCACAUGGAAACAUACAUUUUAAAAUUGAAGAGCAUAAAACAUGCAUUAAAUGAAUAUGAAUACAUGAUCACAUUUAGAUUAUUUUUGGUUUUAUAGUAAUUAUAAGGAUUAGAUUACAUAGAUAUUUGAGAGUUUGUUGAAAAAAUGCCAAAAAAAAAAAAAAAGCCUACAGACUACAAAUAUGAAAAUAGAUGUAUGCAUAAAUUAAUUUUAAGAGUGUUUAUACAGAAGAACUGCACUUCUGUUGGUGUCAGGGCUUCAGAAACUGUCCUGUCCCAAGAAGGGCAAUUUGACUUGGCUCAGCACAAACUACACAAUAACCUCUGAUUUAAGCUGCUGGAGUGUUUCUUUUCUUCCUACAGCCUUGUUUGGUGGCAUCUCCAGUUUGUAGGCAUGUGCCAGAGCAUUUUGCACACGGCACAACAGCUGCCCUUAUAUAGUGUUUAGGGGGUGUUGCCUUAUGAUAAUAAAUGCUCAGACACACUCCUCCAGUGUAUGAACAGGUGGGAUUCAUCAUUCAGCACACCUGGGUGAGAGCACAUUUGGACGGUUGAGAACCUUUGGUGAAUCUGGAAUUGAUUUCUCAUAAUUUUUUUUUUUUCUUUUAACAGAAAAAUAAUAGAAAUUAAAGAGAAAGUAGCUGCAUCUGGUCCAGUGUAUGUCACAUGUAUGGUCUUGUUGGCUAAAAAAAUAUUCUUUGCUUUUUAAUAGCUUAUGAAGAAGUGUCCAAAUCAACUGUUUGUUUACAUUAACUCCUUAUGCCUUGUUAAUGUCUUGGUUAUAUAGGCAGUUAUCAUUAUUUCUGUGUGUGUGUGUUUUGGCAGAUAACACUGGUAUGCAUGUGAACAUAUGGACAUGCAGGUCUUUGCUUUUUUUUUUCUACUGAAUGUAAUACAUAUUUAACAAGUUACAUAAAUACAUAUUUAACACUG